GGCGGAGGGCGGGAGCCGCAAGGGAGACAGGGCGGGCCGAGGGAGCGGCGCCGUGGGGUUGGCUGUUGCCCUGAGGCCGGACUCAACGGACCGGGCCGCGCCACCGGGCGAGCUCGCCGCCCGGCCCCAGCCCGGAGCCAGCGAGUGAGCGAGGCGGUGCCGCGCGGUUUGGUUGUAAAUGCAUCACCAAGAGGCAGCCCAGAAUGAAGAAAGCAAACAGGAGUGUUGGCUCAGUGCCUAAGGUGUCUGGGAUAAGCAAACCGCAAACAGUAGAAAAAAGCAAGCCAGAGAACAGCUCUUCAGCACCCACAGGAGGCAAACCUGUAAAGCCUGGGGCAGCAGCAGCCUUGUCAAAGACCAAGAGCAAUGAUGACCUUUUAGCGGGCAUGGCUGGAGGAGUAAACGUGGCUAAUGGUGUUAAAGCCAAGAAGAGCACCUGUUCGUCCGCAGCGCCUUCAGCACCGGCCCCCACCAUGACCGUCUCGGAGAGCAAGUCCAAGAUUAGCACAGGCACUAGUUCCUCAGCCAAACGGAGUACUUCGGCUGGUAAUAAAGAAUCCAGUUCUACUAGAGAAAGAUUACGUGAGCGCACCCGGCUAAACCAGAGCAAAAAACUGCCCUCUGUAAGUCAGGGAGCUAAUGAUGUGGCACUGGCUAAACGUUCACGCAGCCGCACCGCUACAGAGGGUGAUAUUCGAAUGAGCAAGUCUAAGUCGGACAAUCAGAUCAGUGACAAAGCUGCUUUGGAAGCCAAGGUGAAAGAUCUCCUCACACUGGCGAAAACCAAGGAUGUGGAAAUUUUACAUUUGAGAAAUGAACUCCGAGACAUGCGUGCUCAGCUGGGCAUUAGUGAGGACCAUUGUGAAGGUGAGGACAGGUCUGAGGAGAAGGAAACCAUUAUUGCUCACCAGCCGACUGACGUGGAGUCUACGCUCCUGCAGCUGCAGGAGCAAAAUACAGCCAUCCGCGAGGAGCUCAACCAGCUCAAGAAUGAGAACAGAAUGCUGAAGGACAGGCUGAACGCUUUGGGCUUUUCCCUAGAACAAAGGCUGGACAAUUCUGAAAAACUAUUUGGCUAUCAGUCCCUGAGCCCAGAAAUCACCCCUGGCAACCAGAGUGAUGGAGGAGGAACUCUGACGUCUUCAGUAGAAGGUUCUGCUCCUGGGUCGGUGGAAGAUCUCCUGAGUCAGGAUGAAAAUACACUCAUGGACCAUCAGCACAGUAACUCCAUGGACAACCUGGACAGUGAGUGUAGCGAGGUGUACCAGCCCCUCACUUCCAGCGAUGAUGCUCUGGACGCCCCCUCCUCUUCAGAGUCAGAGGGCGUCCCAAGCAUUGAGCGCUCUCGGAAGGGGAGCAGUGGGAAUGCCAGUGAGGUGUCUGUCGCUUGCCUGACGGAGCGGAUUCACCAGAUGGAAGAGAACCAGCACAGUACCAGUGAGGAGCUUCAGGCAACUCUGCAGGAGCUAGCUGAUCUCCAGCAGAUUACCCAGGAACUCAACAGUGAGAACGAAAGGCUGGGAGAGGAGAAGGUCAUCCUGAUGGAGUCUCUGUGUCAGCAGAGUGAUAAGCUGGAGCACUUCGGCCGGCAGAUUGAGUAUUUCCGUUCCCUUCUGGAUGAGCAUCAUGUUUCCUAUGUCAUAGAUGAGGACGUAAAGAGCGGGCGCUAUAUGGAACUGGAGCAGCGCUACAUGGAUUUGGCUGAGAACGCCCGUUUUGAGCGAGAGCAGCUCCUAGGUGUUCAGCAGCAUUUAAGCAACACUCUGAAGAUGGCGGAACAAGAUAACAAGGAAGCUCAGGAAAUGAUAGGUGCCCUCAAAGAGCGCAGCCACCACAUGGAGCGGAUCAUUGAGUCUGAGCAGAAGGGCAAAGCGGCCCUGGCAGCCACGUUGGAGGAGUACAAAGCUACCGUGGCCAGUGACCAGAUAGAGAUGAAUCGUUUGAAGGCCCAGCUGGAGAACGAAAAGCAGAAGGUGGCUGAGUUGUAUUCUAUCCACAACUCUGGAGACAAGUCUGAUAUCCAGGAUCUCCUGGAGAGUGUCAGGUUGGACAAGGAAAAGGCAGAGACUUUGGCCAGUAGCCUGCAGGAAGAUCUGGCUCAUACCCGAAAUGAUGCCAAUCGGUUACAGGACACCAUUGCUAAGGUAGAAGAUGAGUACCGAGCUUUCCAGGAAGAGGCCAAGAAGCAGAUUGAAGAUUUGAAUAUGACGUUAGAAAAACUGAGAUCAGAGCUGGAGGAAAAAGACACGGAGAGGAGCGACAUGAAGGAGACCAUCUUUGAACUUGAAGAUGAGGUGGAGCAGCACCGCGCUGUGAAGCUCCACGACAACCUCAUCAUCUCUGAUUUAGAGAAUACAGUUAAAAAACUCCAAGACCAAAAGCAUGACAUGGAAAGAGAAAUCAAGACACUUCACAGGAGACUUCGGGAAGAGUCUGCAGAAUGGCGGCAAUUUCAGGCUGAUCUCCAGACUGCAGUGGUCAUUGCAAAUGACAUCAAGUCCGAAGCCCAAGAGGAGAUUGGUGACCUAAAGCGACGGCUACAUGAGGCCCAGGAGAAAAAUGAGAAACUCACAAAAGAAUUGGAGGAAAUAAAGUCACGCAAGCAAGAGGAGGAGCGAGGCCGGGUGUAUAACUACAUGAAUGCCGUUGAAAGAGAUUUGGCAGCCUUGAGGCAAGGGAUGGGACUGAGUAGAAGGUCCUCGGCGUCCUCAGAGCCAACUCCCACAGUAAAAACCCUCAUCAAGUCUUUCGACAGUGCAUCUCAAGUACCAAAUGCUGCUGCAGCUGCAAUCCCUCGAACGCCUCUGAGUCCAAGUCCCAUGAAAACCCCUCCUGCAGCUGCCGUUUCUCCCAUGCAGAGACAUUCCAUAAGUGGUCCAAUCUCAACCUCCAAGCCUCUGACAGCCUUGUCAGAUAAGAGAUCAAACUAUGGAGAAAUUCCUGUACAAGAGCAUCUACUAAGAACAUCUUCAACUAGCCGACCCGCCUCUCUCCCAAGAGUCCCUGCUAUGGAAAGUGCCAAGACCAUUUCAGUGUCUCGACGGAGUAGUGAAGAAAUGAAACGGGACAUCUCUGCGUCUGAGGGAGCGUCACCAGCCUCUCUCAUGACUAUGGGCACCACAUCACCACAGCUCUCCCUCUCUUCCUCUCCCACCGCCUCUGUCACUCCAAGCACCCGGAGCCGAAUAAGGGAAGAAAGGAAAGACCCCCUCUCAGCGUUGGCGAGAGAAUAUGGAGGAUCCAAGAGGAACGCCUUGUUGAAGUGGUGUCAGAAGAAAACAGAAGGCUAUCAGAAUAUUGACAUCACAAACUUCAGCAGCAGCUGGAACGACGGGCUGGCUUUCUGUGCGUUGCUUCACACCUAUCUCCCAGCCCACAUACCUUAUCAGGAGCUGAACAGCCAAGAUAAGAAAAGGAACUUCACCCUGGCUUUCCAGGCAGCUGAAAGUGUUGGGAUCAAGUCCACUCUGGACAUCAAUGAAAUGGCACGCACUGAACGGCCCGACUGGCAGAACGUCAUGCUGUAUGUCACGGCCAUCUACAAGUACUUUGAAACCUGAGCACACAGGAUCGGCUGCUUUCAGCUAGGGACCUCUGCAGUCACCAAGUGACACCAACACCAUUAGCUAGAACCCCUAAAGCUUUCAGCGACUCUGGGUCUCCCAGCAGGGAGUGUGCUCAGCUCUAGGCCUCUGCAUUGGAACUGGAACUGCAGCCCAGGGCUCUUCCACAUGGCUGUCCUGGGGAGCAGAAGUGUAGCACACCGCCAGCCCACUUCUGGAGACCAUCCAGCUCCAUCAGUGCCCUGGAGUGUAAAAAACCAUAAAGGCUGUGCCCGGCUCAUCCUGGGAAAAGGGACUAAGUUGUGGGGACCACGGGUUAGUGAAAGCUUUAGCUAUCCAACUCCUUGACUGCCAUCCACGUGAUUCCCAGUGCUGGGACAGAGCUGUGGGCCUGGGUUCUAGGAGUGUGUCAGAGAAGAGGGUCAGCACCUCUUCCACGCGAGAGGACCAUCCUAACCCAUGCAGUUAAGUUAGGAGUGUUAAAACCCACCUUAUAAGGCCCACAGCUAGUUGAGUCUACACUGCCACCAAGCAGAUUUUUGUCAGCAGCAAGAAGCAGGUGGCACACUCAGUGGGUGCUCAGCCACUUGCCAGUAGCACCAGGGAAAAGACUGGUCACAGGAGUUCUCCUCAUUGAAGUUGUUGUUUUAUUAUAAGCAAUAUUGGUGAAAUAGCUCCUAUUCUGUUAGUACCAAAGUUAAAUUGUUUUAGUAAGCAUAGAAAUAAAACACAGACUGUGGGUGUUAGCAUGGUGAGAGUGAGGACUCAUGCAGUAGGGAAGAGACGGGCUUUAGGGAGCCAGAGAGUCCCGUCACAAUGAUGGCUGCCCCUCCAGGGCAGGAGUUAAGACAGUGCCUUAGCCCUGCACCAGGACAGCUGAGCCUACACCUGCAUGAGUAUCCUGCAUGUUGAUGGGGACUCUAGGAGAGGUGACGCCAUGCUGUGCCUGGGCUAUGGGGCCUACAUCACGAGCCAAGGCCUUACUCGGUUCUGUUGAUUUCUGGCUGGAAUUGAGCAGCCUCUUUUCGAGAAUUGGAAGCCCUUAUUUCAUGUGCCUGACUCAGAAGCUGUUGUUUGAACAGUGUCAAGACCUGUUGCUUCCAGGAUACACUUAUUUGCCACCUGCAAGGCACCGUGCGGAAGACUGGCCAUCAAUAGAAGUGGGGCCACAGCUUUAGUAACAAGAUGGAUGGUGGGAAUGUCUCCCAGGAGGCAUGCCAGGCCAAACAUGGACUGAGUGAGGUUCUGUAUUCAAGCAUAAUGCUACAGACUGGGAAUCUGUUGUAUCUAUGGGACCUAGAGAAGGAAGCAGUGUGAAAGAAAGUAGUUAUUAGGAAGUGGGCUAUGUCUGUAUGUGUGGCCAUCAGAUGGCCGGUCCCACCCUUCCACCCUGCUUAAAUGUCCAAAUGUGGCAGCUCAUGCUGCAGAGUGUACCAGAAGACCCCUGUUAUUCUGUCUGUCCCAGUGCCUCUCUGGUCCUCCUAGGCCCAAUUCUGUUCUUGCUCUUGUUUUGCUGAUGAACUCCUGUCGGGAUGACUAUUAUGUGAGAAUCACUGUUUCCAAAUGAGUCUCCACUGACUUUCUCUGAGCUUCCAGCCUCUGCUGUAUUUGCCUUCACUGAGGCCUGUCCACUGUGCACCAAGGUGUUUGGUCUGAGGCCAGGUUUUAUUUAUUCUCGUGAAAAAGGCGUAUCUUGUUAAAGAGACAUUCCUGGGCUUGCAGUUCACAAUUUCUGUCCCUUGCUGGCAAUAUGGGCCUAAUGGCAGCAUAGAAGCUGCCAGAGUUUUCUGAAAGGAUUUGCAGUAAGUCGGCUGCUGCUGAAGGGGUAUGUUCAUAGAGAGAUAACAUUGCUGUUCUGGAAUCUGGGGGCCUGGGAUAGGCCCAGAGCCAGAGGCAGGGACAGAUGGGGAGCUAGAGGAGACGCUCUCGCGCGCACACACACACAGACUGGGUGCCCAUCACAGCGAGGGCCAGGCUGCCCAUGUUUGUGUGAGGGUCCACAAGUCUACGACUGUCUCCAACCAUUGCUUCUUGCCUUCUCUAACAGGCCCCUUGAAGAGCACUGUUGGCCCUCUGAGCAUGCUUGUAGACAGCCAUGUGCUGUUAACAGUAGUAUCUGGGAGUUGUUAGACCACCUGUCGACAGUGCACGAGGCCCUGGGUUGAUCCCCACCACCCCCACCUACACUGAGUGUGGUGCAUACCAUAAUUCUAAUACUUGGGAAACGGAGGCAGGAGGAUCACAAGUUCAGUGUUACUGUUGAUUACACAGUGAGUUUGAUGCCAGCCCUGGCAUGUGAGACCCUGUCCCCCAAAAAGGUGAUAUUUGGAGGUCCUCUCAUUCUGGGGCUGCUUCCUGGGAAGCUCCAAGAUGUAAGCUCUCCUCUCUUUCCUAAAGCACAAGCUUCACUACAAAAGGGCCAGUUACCUUUCUACUGUUCGCAGUCACAGGCUUCUGCUGAUGAAUGAUACUUUGUCAUUUUGUUCUAGUAAAUACUCUUGAAUGUAUUCAAUCGUCA